CCAUCGCCUGUUUCGUGAAUGACUAAUUCACAGUUAGCGUAAAACCGUCUCGAUAACACGUUAUCAGCCCACUGUUAUCAACUAACAAUAGCUAACAUUUAAUGUGUGUUUAUUGAUAAAAUGCUUAGAAAUAAUUAAAAACUUUGCGGUCACAGCUUCCUCGUCGCUUUUCUUCUAUGAACUCCGCAAUUCUCAACAUGUCCGGCAAGACGGUAAUCAAGGACAACCCCUCGCAGUAUGUGAAGCUAAACGUUGGUGGUGCAUUGCAUUACACCACAAUUGGAACACUUACAAAGCAUGACACAAUGUUGAGGGCAAUGUUCAGUGGUCGAAUGGAAGUACGCUCUGAUUGUGAAGGCUGGAUUUUAAUUGAUAGAUGUGGUAAACACUUCACAACUGUCUUAAAUUUUCUCAGAGAUGGAUCAGUGCCACUUCCUGAAAGCACAAAAGAUUUAGCUGAGCUGCAAGCAGAAGCAAAAUAUUAUUGCAUCACAGAUCUAGCUGAAUCCUGUGCACAAGCCCUGGCAAGAAAACAUGCUGAAGUUGAACCACUCUGUCAAGUCCCAUUGAUCACAUCGCAAGCAGAAGAAGAACGCCUCAUCAGCUCCACAACAAAACCAGCUAUAAAACUACUAAUAAACAGACACAACAAUAAAUAUUCCUAUACCACUACAUCCGAUGAUAAUCUACUGAAAAACAUUGAAUUGUUUGACAAAUUAUCACUCUGGUUCAAAAAUCGCGUGCUUUUUAUCAAGGAUGUGAUCAGUACCAGUGAGAUCUGCUGUUGGACAUUCUACGGACACGAAAAGGUAUCCGAAGUGUGUUGCUCGUCAAUCGUCUACGCAACAGACAAAAAACACAAUAAAGUUGAAUGUCCAGAGUCGCGAAUCUACGAAGAAACUUUGAAUAUUUUACUUUAUGAGACAAGAAAUGGACCGGAUCAGGAACUGAUGCAGGCGACAUGUACACGUGGAGCUGUCCUGGGCAUGAGUUCUUAUACCAGUGACGAAGAAGAGGAACGCACCGGAUUGGAGCGGCUGCGUUCGAACAAGUUCAACAAUCAGACGUGAUGCGAACUGCCCACGUGCGACACGUUCAAAAUCUAUUUAUUUUCUUAAUGUAUAUAAAUCUAUAUUUGUGUGCGUGAUGAUGAAACCAGUGAAUGCGAUGUAAAGCUUCCGAGAUAAUUCACAUAAUCCGAACAAUUUAUUUUGAAUCCGUAUGAAAAAAUUACAAUUACAGCGCUAAAGUCAAUUAAGUGGAAAUUGGGAUCGACUGAUCCGAAUCGCAAAGUCACAAUGCAAUCAAUUUGAAACAAUUGUCUUAUCUUGUCAUCCCUGAUUUCUUGUACAUCAACUUUCACAUAAAACUCUCCGGUUAGGAGUUGGCACUCCGAUUUUUAAAUAAUAUUUCAAUGCGUUGGAUUUGUUUGGAAUUUGCGGUUUACUUGGUAUAUCUUUGCGAACUAUAUAAACAAUCUCUUUAGCAUUCAAUAUAUAAUAUAAUAUA